ACCACCCUCAUCCUACACUCGUAUCUCGAGCCUAAUCGCACGGGAACCGCACCAUCCGGUCGCUUUCCCCGGGAUGAGACGAUAUCCCAAGUACACUCCAGAGUAGAAUCCCGAGUCCCCUCACCCUCAGCAUCAAGCAAAGCAAUCGGGAUUUGAAUCCAAACCAACACCCAAAGUAUACUCUACAAGGAAUCACCAACCACUACCUCCCAUACAAUACCUUCUUCAGACGAUCAACCCCUCCCGAGUCCAUCCCACACCCUUCCCAAAGAAGCACACAAACAACCAACUUGGACCACCCCAAAAUGACCAACACAACCAGCACCUCCAAAUCCCGCCUACAGAACGACUUCGGCGCCGACCUCUGGGUCAAGGAUCGGCCUAAACACCACGCAACCGCAGGCCGAGGCCUCUUCGCGGGGCUGCAGGACACGAAGCGCUACAAUGUCGACUCCGGGUGGGCGAAGCGCAGCACCGCCGACUCGUCGCAGGGGCUGUUCGGGUUGUUGUGGAGUCGGUUCACGGGGGGUUCGUACCGGCCUCCGACGGAUUAGAUGAUUCGGGUCCUGAGGUUGGACUGGAAAGAUAAUGGGCAUGCUUAUGGUUGGCUUCGUUGUACUAUUCUUAUGUGUAUGUUUGCGUGGGUGUUGGAGGUUAGGGUUGGAAUUCAUCGCGUGAUAUUAUUCGUCGAGGUGCUUCUUUCUUGUCGAGGUUGGAAAGUUGAGGUGGGAUCUUUCUUGGUGGAGAUGUGUAGGUUUAGGUGGGUGUGAUCGAUCAGGUAUGGGUUUGCUUGAGGGGAGGGGGUCACGAUCAGGUAUGCUGUGGUAUAUGUAUGUAUGGAUGUAAGGUACAGUAUCUGUGCGAGAUAUCGGAUCUACGCUUGUCUAUACCUCGUACUGGCAAGUAGCGGUAGCCCUAUGAUAUCAGUAGUACUUGGUGCUUCUUCGUCAGACGAUGCGGGAAGAGGACUCA